UUUCUUUUCUUUCCCCUUACCAAACACAACAUAAUUUUCUCUCUCUCCCUCUUUCUCUUCAAUUUGCCCCAAAACACUGCACAAAAGAAGAAGAAGAAGAAGGGCAUAAUUACCUUGUAGAAGCUAAGUGAGAGAAAUAGAAUUAAGAAUUUUGCUAGAAUCUUGAACAUUUUCUAUUCUCUCUUUUGGAUUUAGAUUAUAGAAGAGUCUUUUUCAAAGUGUAUCGUGUUGUUUUCUUUUCUUUUUUGAAUUAUUUGCUCGUUGAUUCGGUCAACGGCCGAUAUGUGUGUGAUUUGUGAUGUUCGUUUUAGACUGACUUGAUGGUUCCGCGAUUCGUCAACUGGAUGAUUGAUGAUGAAUUUGGGGAUUUAGCUCUUUGAAAUCAAAAGUAGGCAAAAAUGAAGGAAAAUAUGACGCGGCGAUUGAUUUCCUUCUGUUUAUGGUUGAUUUUCGUGUUGGAUUUGGCUUUCAGAGUUGCUGGAAAUGCCGAAGGUGAUGCUUUGAAUGCAUUGAAGACCAAUAUGGCUGACCCUAAUAAUGUGUUACAAAGUUGGGACCCAACCCUUGUUAAUCCUUGCACAUGGUUUCAUGUUACAUGUAAUAGUGAAAAUAGUGUAACAAGAGUUGAUCUUGGGAAUGCAAAUCUCACUGGUCAACUGGUUCCACAGCUCGGGUCACUUCCAAAUUUGCAGUAUUUGGAGCUUUAUAGUAAUAACAUAUCUGGGAUGAUCCCAGACGAGCUGGGGAAUUUGACGGAAUUGGUGAGCUUGGAUCUUUACUUGAAUAAAUUAACUGGAGACAUCCCGACUACUCUGGGCCAGCUUAAAAAACUCCGUUUCUUGCGUCUCAACAACAACUCAUUGGUAGGAACAAUUCCUUUGUCCUUAACUACUAUUGACACACUGCAAGUGCUGGAUCUUUCAAACAAUGGCCUAGUAGGAGAUGUUCCAGUUAAUGGUUCCUUUUCACUAUUCACUCCUAUCAGUUUUGCCAAUAAUAAACUCAAUAAUCCUCCACCUGCUCCACCACCUCCUAUCCCACCUACACCUCCAGCUCAAUCAGGUAUUAGUUCCACUGGUGCCAUUGCUGGAGGGGUUGCUGCUGGUGCUGCCCUGCUGUUUGCUGCUCCUGCAAUUGUGCUUGCUUUGUGGCGAAAAAGGAAGGCACCGGAUCAUUUCUUUGAUGUACCUGCUGAGGAGGACCCAGAAGUUCAUUUGGGGCAACUUAAAAGGUUUUCCUUGCGUGAACUGCAAGUGGCAACGGAUAAUUUUAGCAACAAAAACAUCCUGGGUAGAGGAGGUUUUGGUAAAGUUUAUAAAGGUCGUUUAGCUGAUGGUUCUCUAGUGGCAGUAAAAAGACUGAAAGAGGAGCGUACUCAAGGUGGAGAGCUGCAGUUCCAAACAGAAGUAGAAAUGAUAAGCAUGGCUGUCCAUAGGAAUCUACUACGUCUUCGUGGAUUUUGCAUGACCCCUACAGAACGGCUGCUAGUCUACCCCUUUAUGGUUAAUGGUAGUGUUGCAUCUUGUUUAAGAGAGCGUUCGGAGUUUCAACCAGCACUUGAUUGGGCUAUAAGGAAACGGAUUGCACUUGGAGCUGCAAGGGGGCUCGCAUAUUUGCAUGAUCAUUGUGACCCUAAGAUUAUCCACCGUGAUGUGAAGGCUGCAAACAUAUUGUUGGAUGAAGAAUUUGAAGCAGUUGUCGGUGACUUUGGGCUUGCCAAACUGAUGGACUACAAAGAUACUCAUGUCACAACUGCUGUUCGUGGCACAAUUGGUCAUAUAGCUCCCGAGUACCUAUCAACUGGAAAAUCAUCAGAGAAAACUGAUGUUUUCGGUUAUGGUGUUAUGCUUCUCGAACUCAUUACAGGACAGAGGGCUUUUGAUCUUGCUCGGCUUGCAAAUGAUGAUGAUGUCAUGUUGCUUGAUUGGGUAAAAGGACUUCUAAAAGAAAGGAAGUUGGAAACGCUGGUGGAUUCAGAUCUGAAUGGUAAUUACAUAGACGAAGAAGUGGAGCAGCUAAUCCAGGUGGCUCUGUUGUGCACUCAAGGUACCCCAAUGGAACGACCAAAGAUGUCUGAAGUGGUUAGGAUGCUGGAAGGUGACGGGUUGGCUGAAAGAUGGGAAGAGUGGCAGAAAGAGGAAAUGGUUCGUCAAGAGUUCAACCAAGCCCACCACUAUAACCACCACCAACCGAAUGCUAAUUGGAUUAUUGCCGACUCGACAUCACACAUCCCUCCCGAUGAGUUAUCUGGUCCUAGAUGACCCGCUCGCUGCAAAAAUGCAAUUACAAAGGGUCUUGUGCAACACCUUGUUCUGUUGUUUUGGACUCCUCAUUGUUCACAUUUGUGCAUAUAGUUCCAUUUUUUCUUUUUUUCGCCCCCUCCCCCCAUUGAUCCUGUUGUAAUUUAUAUUUACUCGUACGGAGUUGUUUACUCUUGGCGUUGUAACUUUUAUAGGGUUGCCUUGCCAACUGAAGAGUCAAGAAAACAUUAUUAGGUGUGCUAGCAAAAAAAACAAAAGUACAAACCCCCCCCCCCCAUGUUUUUGUGUACUGAAACCGUUAGUAAAGACUGUUUACAUGAAUAAAAACAGUAAAAAUCCAUUCACCACAUAA